AUGGCGUCGAUGGAGGCGAUUCUUGAUUUCAGCCAGGAGCUCGAUUUGGUGCUCCUGGACAACAUCGUGGCUGCGAUGUAUACGGGCGUUGGGGCUGACCAGAAGCUCGCGCAACAGACCCUCGCGCAGUUCCAGGAGCACCCAGAGGCAUGGCAACGCGUUCCUGCCAUCCUGCAGCAGAGCAGCAACUCGCAGACAAAGUACAUUGCGCUGCAGAUUCUUGACCGUCUCAUCUCUACGCGCUGGAAAGUGCUUCCGGUGGACCAGCAGCAGGGUAUCCGCAACUUUAUUGUGGAAAUGAUCGUGCAGCAGUCGUCGGAUGAGGAGACGCUCCGACGAGAGCGCACGCUGCUCGGCAAGCUCGACACGACCCUGAUCCAGAUCCUGAAGCAGGAGUGGCCGCACAACUGGCCCAACUUUAUCCCAGAAAUUGUGGCCUCAUCGCGCGCGUCGCUCUCGAUCUGCGAGAACAACAUGGCGAUCUUGCGCCUGCUCUCGGAAGAGGUCUUUGACUUUUCUGCCGAGCAAAUGACGCAGGCCAAGGCCCGGAACCUCAAGAACCAGUUCUGCGGCGAGUUUGGCGAGGUCUUCCAGCUCUGCACAGAGGUCUUGGAGAAGGCGACGAAGCCGUCGCUGAUCAAGGCUACGCUCGAGACCAUGCUCCGCUUUCUGAACUGGAUCCCGCUGGGCUUUAUCUUUGAGACGAACGUCAUUGACAACCUCGUGUCACGCUUCCUGGAAGUGCCCGAGUUCCGCAACGUGACGCUCAAGUGCCUGUCGGAGAUAGUGAAUCUCAACGUCGGCAGCGAGUACGACCCCAAGUUUGUCGUGCUCUUCAACAUGGUCAUGACGUCGAUCAACCGCAUGAUUCCGCCGUCGACCGACAUUGCGGGCGUGUACGAGACGAGCACGGACUCGGACCAGGAGCUGGUGUUGAACCUCGCCCUGUUCCUGAGCAACUUCCUCAUUUCCCACGUGCGUCUCUUGGAGAACGCCGAGAACCAAGAGGUGCUGCUCAACGCGCACCUCUACCUGAUCAAGGUGUCCCAAGUCCCGGAGCGUGAGGUAUUCAAAAUCUGCUUGGAGUACUGGGCAAAGCUCGUGAGCGAGCUCUACGAAGAGUACCAGCAGUUCCCCAUGAACGACGUCAACUCGGUCUGGGGCCUCAACCUCGGCGGCGCGCAGGCGCAGCGCUCGGCCACAGGCCGCAAGUCGUUCUACACGAACAUCCUGUCGAACCUCCGCCUGGUCAUGAUCGAGCGCAUGGUCAAGCCCGAGGAGGUCUUGGUCGUGGAGAACGACGAAGGCGAGAUCGUCCGCGAAUUCCUCAAGGAGUCGGACACGAUCGUGCUGUACAAGGCGAUGCGCGAGGUUCUGGUCUACCUCACGCACUUGGACGUCCUGGACACGGAAAACAUCAUGACCGAGAAGCUGUCCAAGCAGGUCGAUGGUUCCGAAUGGUCCUGGGUGAACCUCAACACGCUCUGCUGGGCCAUCGGCUCGAUUUCGGGUGCGAUGAACGAGGAGACGGAAAAGCGGUUCCUGGUUACCGUGAUCAAGGACCUGCUAGGCCUGUGUGAGAUGAAGCGCGGCAAGGACAACAAGGCGGUUGUCGCGUCGAACAUCAUGUACAUCGUGGGCCAAUACCCGCGUUUCCUCAAGGCUCACUGGAAGUUCUUGAAGACGGUGGUGAACAAGAACUUCGAGUUUAUGCACGAAACCCACGAGGGUGUGCAGGACAUGGCGUGCGAUACCUUUUCCAAGAUCGCGCAAAAGUGCCGCCGCCACUUUGUGAUGCAGCAGGCGGGCGAGCAGGAGCCCUUUAUCGACGAGAUCCUGCGCAACUUGCUCCAGAUCACCGUGGACCUUUCGCCCCAGCAGGUGCACACCUUCUACGAGGCGGUGGGUUACAUGAUCGCCGCGCAGCCCAACCGCGCGACGCAGGAGCGCCUCGUUGACAAGCUGAUGGAGCUGCCGAACAAUGCAUGGGACAACCUCAUGAAGCAGGCGCACAGCAACGUCGACGUGCUCAGCUCGCCGGAGAACAUCAAGGUGCUGUCGAACGUGCUCAAGACCAACGUGUCGGCCUGCACCUCGAUCGGCCCCUUCUUCCUCCCUCAGAUCGGCCGCAUAUACCUGGACAUGCUCGCCUUGUACCGCAGCGUGAGCGGGAUCAUUAGCGCCAAGGUUGAGGCCGAUGGCCUGAUUGCGACCAAGACGCCCAUGGUCCGCGGUCUGCGUGCGAUCAAAAAGGACAUUCUGCGCCUGGUGGACACGUACAUCCGCCGUGCGGACGACCUCGAGUCGGUGAAUGCCAACCUGAUCCCCUCGCUGCUGGACGCGAUCCUCGGCGACUACCAUGGCAACAUCCCCGCGGCACGCGACGCCGAGGUGCUCAAUGUCAUGGCGACGAUCACGACGCGCCUCGGCAGCCUGCUCACGGACAAGAUCCCGCCGGUGCUCGACGCGGUGUUUGAGCCGACGCUCAACAUGAUCAACCAAGACUUUGCCGAGUUCCCCGAGCACCGUGUCGGCUUCUUCAAGCUGCUGCGUGCGAUCAAUCUGCACUGCUUCUCGGCGCUGCUGGAUCUGCCCCCGGUCAAGUUCAAGCUGACGAUGGACUCGAUCAUCUGGGCGAUCAAGCACACGAUGCGCGACAUCGCCGACACUGGCCUCAACAUCUGCCUGGAGCUGAUCAACAACGUGGCCAACACCGACCCGUCCAUCUCGAGCGCCUUCUUCCAGCAGUACCUGCUGAACAUGCUCCAGGACAUCUUUUACGUACUCACCGACGCGGACCACAAGAGCGGCUUCAAGACGCAGUGCCUGCUUCUGGCGCGCAUCUUUGAGCUGAUCGAGACGGACCGCGUCACGGCACCGCUGUGGGACCCUGCGCAGGUGCCGGACCCUGCGAUGACCAACCGUUUGUUCAUCCGGCAGUACACCGCGAACCUGCUGCGCACCGCCUUCCCGCACGUCCAGCCGCAGUACAUUGAUCAGUUUGUCAGUGGACUGUGCGAGCACGCGUCGGAUCUGGCGCAGUACAAGGUGCACCUCCGCGACUUCCUCAUCACGUCGCGUGAGGUUGCGGGCGGCUCGGACAACUCGGACCUCUUCCUCGAGGAGAAGGAGGCGGAGCAGCACCGCAAGGCCGCCGAGGAGCGCGAAAACGCCGCCAAGGUGCCCGGUAUGCUCAAGCCUUCGCAGAUCACCGAGGAGGACGAAGAACUGGUAUGUGUAUAUGACGACUAA